AUGUCAUCUGGACCUGUUGUACCAAUGGUAUUUGAAGGGCGUAAGGUUGUUGAGAACGGACGUACAAUGUUAGGUGCUACUAAACCUGAAGCAAGUUGUCCUGGAUCAAUAAGGGGAGACUAUUGCCAAGAUGUAGGAAGAAAUGUUGUCCACGGAUCAGACUCAACUGAAAGUGCUAAGAGGGAAAUCAACUUAUGGUUUACUCCACAAGAACUAUGUCAAUAUAAACAAACCGUUGACCCUUGGAUCCAUGAAUAG